ACACUUGACACAAAACAGUCAGGCAAGUACUGUUCUCCUGGCAACCGCCAAACCCAGACAAGUCCAUCGGAUUGCCAGACAGAGAAAAGUGAUUCAUCACUCCAGAGAACAUAUCUCCACUGCUCUAGAGUCCAGUGGCAGUCUGCGAGUUACUGUUGUUCCCAGUUGCCUCCAUUUGCUAUAAUACCACUAACAGGUGACUGUGGACUAUUUAGUAGCAAGGAAAUUUCAUGGAUGGACUAAUUGCACAGGUGGCAACCUAUCACAGUACCAAGCUGGAAUUCACUGAGCUCCUGCGUGCAACCCAUUCUUUCACAAUGUUUGUAGAAGCAGUCUGCAUGCCUAG